AUGAAUAGCUACACUGAGAUUUUUGAGGUCAAAGAUUUGGCUUUUCCUAGAAUUAUGUUUUCUUUCAAGCCAUUCCCUGAAAUUUCACAAAUGAGACAGUAUGAUCAAACAGCCUUUUUUGGAAGAGUUCUCAAGCAAUCUAAGUAUAGGCUUAUUGAAAUUGAAAUUAGUGAUGAACAGCAUAAUAAAAUCUUUUGUACAAUUUGGGAAGCAAAUGUUGAUUCUUAUAUCUCUGAUUUCAAAAAGAGUCAAGGAACCAUCCCUAUUGUUAUUGUUCAAAUUUACAAGCCUAAUUUAUUUAGAGGUGAAAUGAGAAUAUCUAUACACUUUCAAGCAUCAAAGGUUCUAAUUAAUCCAAAAUUAGAUGAAGUUACUGAUUUUAGGAAAAGGUAUAAGCUAUUAGUGUUAUUUAUUAUCUUAUUUGUGACUGAUUUUGGAUUAUAUUUUUAUAGAAUUGAAGGUGAUGAGAGAUUUAUUUGUAAUGGUUCUUUGGGUCCAGUUGGACCAAACAUUAGCAGUGAGUUUGAAAAUCUUACAGUGAAGUCUCUUGAGGAUUUAGAAUGUCUAGAGGAUGGUUUAUAUUGGGUUUUUGGAAACAUUAUAUCUGUGGAAGCACAUUAUGAUACAUGGUAUUACUUGUCAUGUAAGACCUGUUUUAAGAAGGUUGAGUUGGAGGAUAACAAGUUUGAGUGUUCAUUAUGUAAGAGCACUUAUUCCCAUGCUUAUAGAAGGUAUAAAUUUAUUGUCAAUAUUGUUGAUGAUACAAGCAACACUUCACUUUUAGUGUGGGAUAGGGAGGGUAUCCAACUGAUAGGAAAAAAGGUUUAUGAAUUUGUAGGGGCUGAUAAUCAGGUUUUGCCAAUGGAGGACAUUGCUAAAGAAAUUGAAAAGAAGCUGGUGGGGCAGAGUGUGUUGUUCAAGCUCCAAUUUAGAAAUCAGCAGGAGUAUCACAAAUCUUAUCCACAUACUGUGAACAAAGUGUGCAAUAUUCCUCAUGUUGUUGAGAAGUAUACCCCCCAAAAGUUUGGUUCCCAAGAAGUUAAGAAAGAAAUAAAGUUAUCUGAUCUCAUUUUUGGUUCUGACCUUCCAGAGGUUUAUGAGAAAAGUAUUGUUACUCCAGAUUUGUCAAGUGUAACAAAUGAGAUUAAUCAUGAAUUCAACAUUGAAGGGUCUGUUAAGAGAAGCUUAGAGGCUGAUUUUAAUUGCUGUGAUGAUAUUGUUGGCUUUCAGGAGAACAAGAAGCCAAAAGUCAACAAGGAGUAUUAG